CUGGUGGCUAAAUCACAAUGACGCGGUUCAUAUUAGGGUUACUGGUGACGGUGUUGGUCUCCUUCGCAGGGGCUACAUCCGUAUUCUCUCCUGCUCGACCCCCAGCAUUACCUUUGGCAGUCAAGUCACCGUAUCUGAGCACUUGGCUUGCUGCGGGGAGUGACGGAGGCAAUGGAGGGUAUUUGGCCGGGGAAUGGCCAACGUUUUGGGCUGGACAAAUCAACGGCUGGGCUGGCAUGGUUCGUGUCGAUGGCACCACUUACACUUGGAUGGGGUUGCCAGGAACUACCACAGUCAACCAGACUUCCUAUAUUUACACGUCUACGAGAAGCAUCUUUACCAUGAAUGUGGCAGACAAAGUGCAGAUGAACAUCACUUUCUUAUCGCCUAUUACGCCAAAUGAUCUGAAGAGACAAUCACUCAUUUUCUCUUACGUGGAUGUGGAAAUUGAAUCGCUUGACGGCGCGUCUCAUGACGUGCAAGUUUAUGCAGAUAUCUCGGCCGAAUGGACUUCUGGAGAUCGCACUGCCACUGCAACAUGGGACUACGGAACCACCAGCAACAAUGUCGCAUACCACAAGGUUAGCCGCCAAACCCAGCUUGCUUUCUCGGAGACGAGCGACCAAGCGGAUUGGGGAGAGUGGUAUUGGGCGACCGACGAGAACGAAAGCAUGACCUAUCAAUCUGGUAUAGAUGUAGAUGUCAGAGGGGCUUUCUCGGCAAAUGGGACGUUAGGGAACUCUCAGGAUGCCAACUAUCGCGCAAUCUCGACUAGUUGGCCGGUUUUCGCGUUUUCCCACGAUUUGGGAUCAGUUGACUCUUCAGUUGGAGUAUUGUUCUCCAUCGGACUGGCUCAAACCGAUGCAAUGCAGUAUAAUGGGACUGAUAAGGGUUACGCACCUUUGCCAUCGCUAUGGACAAGUUAUUUCAGUGAUGGUGUUGAAGCCCUGGACUUUUUCCAUAAUGACUACGGAACCUCUUCGUCUCUCUCCACAGAGCUAGAUGACAAGAUUGCGGCCGACUCUCUAGCAGCAGCUGGUCAGGACUAUCUUACAAUCACUUCGCUCACUGUUCGGCAAGCAUUUGGUGCAACACAACUGUGUGGAACAAUUGCAGAUCCUUAUCUUUUCAUGAAGGAGAUCUCUUCCGACGGGAACAUCAACACUGUUGAUGUCAUAUUCCCAGCCCAUCCGAUAUUCCUAUACACCAACCCAGAGCUUCUUGACCUCCUACUGAAGCCCCUUUAUGAGUUUCAGGAAUCUGGGAAGUAUCCCAACUCUUAUGCAAUGCAUGAUAUCGGAAGUAAUUAUCCCAAUGCUACUGGCCAUGCAGAUGGUAAGGAUGAGGCGAUGCCACUGGAAGAGUGCGGAAACAUGGUUAUCAUGUCUCUGGCAUACGCUCAGAGGGCCGGCAAUACGUCCUACCUUGAAGCGCAUUACGACAUGCUGAAUGUAUGGACAAGCUAUCUGAUCGAAGAUGCGCUUUAUCCGUCCAACCAGAUUUCCACUGACGACUUCGCUGGAAGUCUAGCCAACCAGACAAACUUGGCUUUGAAAGGAAUCAUUGGCAUUGAGGCGAUGGCCACCAUUAGCAAGCAAACCGCUCACUCUUCUGAUGCUUCGAACUAUACAACAAUCUCCCACCGAUAUAUCCGGCAGUGGGAGAAGAUUGGCAUUGCUCACAAUGCACACCCUGCCCAUACAACAUUGUCAUAUGGCGCAAACAACUCCCAUGGUCUCUUGUACAACCUUUACGCCGACCGCGAGCUGGGACUGGACUUGGUGCCCAAGUCAGUAUACGAAAUGCAAAGCGCAUUCUACCCGACGGUGCAAAAUACGUAUGGAGUGCCGUUGGACACGCGACACACAUAUACCAAGGGUGACUGGGAGCUGUUCGCUGCCGCCGUCGCGUCCACCAGCACGAGGGACAUGUUCAUCCAGCUUCUUGCCAACUGGAUCAAUGUUACUCCAACCAAUCGAGCGCUUACGGAUCUCUAUGAUACCACCACUGGGAACUAUCCAUCGAUCACCUUCAUCGCCCGACCCGUUGUGGGCGGCGCCUUCGCCCUCCUACUCCUCAAUCAGGGCAAUUGAAUCACUUACCGUUAUAUAUACCCAUCUAUUCUUGGUCUAUGCAACUGACCUGUUCUGUUCGAAGCCUUCUUUGGUUCCCUGGAGCGGACCCACCUGUUUUGUCCAUUCGUUCAGAUGUGCCGGUCACUCGCUAUGCAUUUAUCUUUGGAAUCGCUUUAUUGCUACCAGACCGUUGUGCGUAUCUUUAGGCCAAGUCUAUGUUUUCGAUUGUCAGCCUGGUGGUGCAUUCGGAGGCUAUGACACGCAGAGUAUAUACGUUCCCUCGCCUGGGCUGUUGCAGGGCUGCAAAUAUUAC